CCAAUCUUCGGGACUGUCUCUGAGUCUCAUCGUAUAAAACGUUUGGAGAGUAACGAUACUAGUAGCGUUCUUGAAGGGUACUUGUAAGCUGACAGGUUGCCUCUGGUUCACGUAAUACUUUACUCAUGCAUCGUCAUAGCCCAUGACAUACUAAGUACUAAUAAACGUGCAGCUUUGUAAACUCAUAAUUAAAUGCCAAAGGACUCGGUCAGCGCAACUGGCCCAUAUGAUUACAGCACGCUUUGGAACGCAGGACCUGGCAAAAGAUAUAUAAACUGAUGACAUUUAGAAUUGCAAAAUCCAGAAUUCAGUAACGCAACGCAUUGCAGCAUGUCCGAAGCGCUUUUCAAGUCCUUUGCUAUCGUCGGCGCAGGCCCUCACAUCGGGAUUCCUGUCGUGAAGGCAUUCCUGGCCAUUGGCACUCCAGUUCUCGUCAUCGCCCGACCGACCUCCAAAAACACCUCUGCACUCCCUAACGAUGACCCCAACCCGAAGGUUGUGCGCGCAGAUUAUACAUCUGCAUCUGAGGUUUCGGCAAUCCUUCGUGAAAACAAAAUGGACGUCCUCAUUUCUACCGUUACAUUUUUUUUCGAAGGCGUAGUUGUACAGGACGUUCUUGCGGACGCUGCAAAGGAGGCGGGUGUGAAGCUCUUUGCACCCAGCGAGUUCGGCGUAUCACCGCCAACGCCGGUCCGGCUCAUGAGAAGCUUUGUAUCAUACGGAAAUGAAAGCAACAUCUGUUCGAAUCCCUCGUCUAUCACAACAAUCGUAUCGUUUGUUAUCGCCCCGGCUGUGUAUGUAGGGGGUAGUCGGAGCCAGAGCCGGCGUGUAGAUGUUACGAGUAGCAGGCUCAGUCACAGUGGAGGGCCACUGACAGAUGACGAAGGCGUCUUGCAGCGUACAGUAGUUCAUGAUCAUCACCAUAUAACAUUAGCAUGUCCAUUGCUGCUCUUCAGGGCUACGGGUCUAUUUAGUCCAACAUAUACGUAUUAACUGGUGUAAUGUACUUGUUCUUCACAUGACAAAAAUAUCUACGUCUUGGCAUACAGAAAGGGAGCCUGACGUCACCUUCGCAAUGGC